AUGUCCAAGCUCAUUGCUCAGGGGGACAAAGACUCUGAACUACUCACUCGAAAAAGUAGCAACUUUCACAAUAGGUAUAAUGAGACGUUUGGUGGAGUUGUAUUGGCAUAUGAUCCGAGUAUACGUUCUAAUUUGGCAAAGAUUGUGCCUGGAACUUUUCCAUGUUUUGGUGUGCAAUUGAAGGCAAAGCUAUUGCUUUUCAAUCCGAAACCCGAUAUGGUUUUAGAGGGGGAGGUUGUUAAGCUUACUCCCAAUUCGAUACAUGCUGUGGUUCUUGGUUUCUCGUCUGCUGUAAUAGCAGAUGACGACAUUCGUGAUGAGUUCAAGCAUAAAGUUGUAAGUGAA